GUCUCUCAUCUUCAUUUUAAUUUGUUUGUUUUACCUUUUUAAUAUAUUGAACACAUCUUUGAUCAAACACUAGUAACUGCUCAUCCAAAAUUACUUUUUCAAAAAUUAGUUCAUUUUAAAAGUUUGACUAAAUAGACGUGGUGACACUAGUCUAAACAAAACCUUGCAUACCACAUUAUAGGCAUGUAAGUAGUCAGCUAUAUAUACGGGCACGUCAACCAUGAGUACAAAGGCAAAAAAUAGAUAAAUGUACUCAGCCUUUUGGCUUCUGCAUGCACUAGUGCUCAAACAUUCACACUAACUCCCCUUUUUUCCUUUUAGUACUAUAUAAAUAGAAUAUAUUAUAAUAUAUUUAUGUGCAAGUUGACACAAAAUUCCCUCCAUAAAAACUCUACCAAUGCUAAGUUCCUUUCCACUUUCUGAACAACUCACAGUCCUUUCCUUUAAUUCUUGAAAUUCCCUCAUUCUCCAGUAUCCAAUUUGAAAGUAACGUUUCAACACAUAAGUCAUUUUCAUCAAUUUGUUCACUUAAGACAGAUUGACAUGGCAUCACUAUCAAGUACCCUACUUGUUACAUUUUACAUGACAUUUGCAUUAUUAUUAUUAUUAUUAUGUAGUCAUGUUGUUAGUGCCAGGUACCAUCACCACGGACACCGCGGUCAUCAUAAUAACAAGAAACAACAUAAGCAUAAUUCACACAUAUCGUAUCCACCUUCAAUUUCACCUGAGCCUUCACCCUCCGCGGGGGACGAAGGGGUUUAUGAUGUGAGGUCUUUUGGUGCCGUAGGUGAUGGUGUUACGGAUGAUACUGAAGGUUUUAAGGCAGCGUGGGAUGCUGCCUGCCAAGUUCAAUCAGCUGUUAUUCAUGUUCCCCUUGGUUACUCUUUUAUGAUUCAAUCUACUAUUUUUACUGGUCCUUGUCAAAGUGGAUUGGUGUUUCAGUUGGAAGGAACAAUAAUGCCACCAGAUGGACCAGAGUCGUGGCCAAGCAAAACCAGUAAGCGGCAGUGGCUGGUAUUUUAUAGAGUAAAUGAGUUGUCAUUACAAGGUGGAGGCGUCAUAGAUGGAAGAGGAGAAGAGUGGUGGAAUCUUCCUUGUAAACCCCAUAAGGGACCUAAAGGAAGUACACUACCUGGACCAUGUGACAGCCCAAUUGCCAUUAGAUUCUUCAUGAGCUCAAAUCUAACGGUGCAAGGAAUUAAAAUGAAGAAUAGCCCCCAAUUUAAUUUCAGAUUUGAUAACUGCAAAAAUGUGCAUAUUGAAUCCCUUCACAUUACAGCUCCCAUUUGGAGUCCCAACACUGAUGGCAUUCACAUUGAGCAAACCAGCAAUGUUGAAAUUUAUGACUCCCUCAUCUCUAACGGUGACGAUUGUGUGUCAAUAGGAGCAGGAUGUUACGAUGUGGAUAUUAGGAAUCUCACAUGUGGACCUGGAGGACAUGGAAUAAGCAUCGGGAGUUUAGGCAACCACAACUCGCGAGCAUGUGUAUCAAACAUCACAGUUCGUGACUCAGUAAUAAAGCAAUCAGACAACGGUGUGAGGAUCAAGACAUGGCAAGGGGGAUUUGGAGCAGUAUCAGGAGUUUCGUUUCUCAACAUUCAUAUGGACAAUGUACGUAACCCCAUUAUAAUCGAUCAAUUUUACUGUCUUUCGAAAGAUUGCAGCAAUCGGACCUCAGCAGUGUCUGUUUCAGAUAUUGAAUACUCAAGUAUUAAAGGAACGUAUGAUAUAAGAAGCCCGCCAAUGCGUUUUGCUUGUAGUGACACUAUCCCUUGCACGAAUAUAACACUCUCAGACAUAGAACUUUUGCCUGCGAAAGGCGAAUUAGUGUUGGAUCCCUUCUGCUGGAACGCCUAUGGAGGACAAGAGACAUUAACAAUUCCGCCUAUUUUUUGUUUGUUAGAGGGAAAUCCUCCAAAAGUGUUUGAAAAUAAUGACUUAGGGUAUUGUUCUUCGUCCUGAAUUUUAAUAUUGCCUGACUGAGCGUUUUGUUUGUUUUUUGUACAUAUCAUUGAGACUUUUACAGUAUAAGUAAUAGAUUGAUGUAUUUGAGAUGGGGAUAAUAAUCCGAAACAUCGAUCGGUAGUAUAAUGUAAUUUUAGAUUUAGAAAGGGAGCUUAUUGUUUGCUAUAAUGUAAGUUUUCCUUGAGAUUUACUUUAAAGUUUACUCAUUUAGGUUUUUCUAUUUGAUGUAAUAGUUUUUUUGUGCUUUAUGUCAAUAAUAAUAUGAUUGCUUCUGUGUGUUACCUU